AUGGCUGAGGAAGUGUUACUGUGCAAUGCGAAACUCUCAGGGAACCUCACCCCAUCCCUCCUGGCAGUGGCCUUCCUGGCCUCCUUUGGCAGCUCCAUGCUCUAUGGCUAUAACCUGGCCGUAGUGAACUCACCUGCAGAGUACAUUAAAGACUUCUAUAAUCGCACCAUUGUGGGUCGCAAUGGCACAGGCCUGGACGAGGAAGCCCUCACUCUGAUGUACUCUCUCACUGUGUCGGUCUUCGCCAUUGGAGGACUGGUGGGCUCUUUGAUGGUGGGCACGCUGGUCACUAAAUUCGGGAGGAAAGGGACCCUUGUGAACUCCACUGUGCUUGUCUUUGUUGCGGGAGCCCUCAUGGGCUUCAGCAGGACAUGCGCCUCCCUGGAAAUGGUCAUCAUCGGCCGUUUUGUCACAGGGAUACACUCAGGGAUCAGUCUAAGUGUGGUGCCCAUGUACCUGGGAGAGAUCGCUCCAAAGAAUGUCCGCGGCUUCCUGGGGCUCAUCCCCAGCAUCUUCAUCUGCAUAGGGGUCUUCAGCGCUCAGAUCCUGGGGCUUCAUGAACUACUGGGAAAGGCAGAGCACUGGCCUCUCUUCCUCUCCUUGGUGGUGGGGCCCACCCUCAUCCAGCUCAUGCUGCUGCCCUGGUUUCCAGAGAGCCCUCGCUAUCUGCUGAUUGAGAAGCGCAAUGUCCAUGCCACUAUCACGGCCCUGAAGUGGUACCGGACCAAGUGCAACAUCCAGUCGGAGAUUGAGGAAAUGCAGGAGGAGCAGCGGUCUCUGUCCUCAGUGAACACAGUGUCUGUGUUCGGCCUGCUGAUGGACAAGAGCGUGCGCUGGCAGGUCAUCUCCAUCAUCGUCAUCAACAUGGGCAUGCAGCUGUCCGGCAUUGACGCGAUCUGGUUCUAUACCAAUGCCAUCUUUGAGAAUGCUGGGAUCCCUGGCCCUCAGGUCCCGUACACUACAGUUGGAACUGGUGCCAUUGAAGUCAUUGCAGGUCUCAUAGGAGGCUUCACCAUUGAAAGACUUGGAAGGCGGCCAUUGAUGAUUGGUGGAUUCAGUUUCAUGGGGAUUUGUUGCGCAGGGAUCACACUUUCUCUGAUCUUACAGGCUCAUGUGCCCUUUAUGCGAUACAUAAGCGUGGGCUGCGUGAUCGGCAUCAUCGCAGGAUUCUGCAUAGGACCAGCUGGAGUUCCUUUCCUGAUAACAGCGGAGCUCUUCAAGCAGUCUCACCGCCCUGCGGCCUACACUGUGGCUGGCUCCCUCAACUGGAUCUCCAACUUCACCGUGGGCUUCGUGUUCCCCUUCCUACAGAUGUCAGCGGGGGCCUUCUGCUACCUGGUCUUCUGCGGGAUUUGUUCAGCAGUCGCCGCCUAUGUGUUCUUCAUCAUUCCGGAGACCAAGAACAAGACCUUCAUGGAGAUCAGCCAGAUGUUCGCCUCUAAAGAGUCAAUCUUCAGCCGCCAGCGGGUGGGCAGCGUGGGCCAGCUCAAGCUGAAGAAAAUGAACGGGUACGGCACACUGGAAAAUGCCUCCAUUAAGGGUGAGGAGGGCGAGAGAACGGGUGAUAAGUAG